GUGACGGACGGGAGCCCAAGCCUGUAAGAGGUGGAUCGCUCGUGUUGGGUUUGUGAUCCGGUUCCAGGGUUUUCGAGGUACUGCCUGCACCACUGAGACGUUCUAUCAAUGUCAGUCUUGCACCGUCGGUAACCUCCUCAUUGCUGCGCCUCCUGACUGUCACCGAGUUUUGGACACUCCGUCCUCUCUCACUUCGUACUGGCACUGGAGUCAGUGAGUUUGCACUUUGUACAACAUGGCUGGUAGUGCUGGCCUAACCCUUACGUUAAUAAUCGGCAUUGCAGUCACCCGUUGCCAGCAGGAAGAGGCGCCCCCGAAAAAAAUAGCUAUAGUAGGUGCAGGAAUUGGAGGAUCUUCAGCUGCCUAUUUCCUAAGACGGGAGUUUGGUCACAAUGUUAAAAUUGAUGUCUAUGAGAAGGGCACUGUUGGAGGCCGACUAGCUACGGUUACUGUAAAUGGUCAGCAGUAUGAGAUUGGCGGCUCAGUCAUUCACCCACUCAAUCUUCACAUGCAAGACUUCGUCAAACAUUUAGGUUUGAAGCACAGAAAAGGCGUUCCAGAGAAAGUGGCACUGUUCAAUGGGGAGCAGUUUGUGUUUGAAGAGUCUGACUGGUACCUUCAAGAUCUGUUUAAAAUGUGGUGGCGGUAUGGCUUUAGUUUACUGCGACUGCAGAUGUGGGUGGAGGAGAUAGUGGAGAAGUUUAUGAGGAUCUACAAGUACCAGUCCCAUGGCUACGCUUUCAGUACAGUGGAGGAAAUGCUACAGUCAUUGGGCGGGGAGCGUUUCAUUAACAUGACACGGCGACCUGUGGCAGAGACCUUGCAGGAAUUGGGAAUCUCACAACGCUUCAUUGAUGAAAUAGUUGCUGCUAUUACAAGAGUGAACUAUGGUCAGUCAGUAACCAUCCCUGCAUUUGUUGGAGCAGUAUCAAUAGCUGGGGUCCAGGCUGGCCUUUGGGCUGUGGAAGGAGGAAAUAAACUGAUUUGUUCCCAGUUACUUGAUUCAGCAAAAGCCCAUGUUAUCCAUGCCACAGUGACUUCAAUUUCUCUGCACCCAUCAGGAGAUAAUUCCCUCUACCAAGUGAAGUUUGAAAAUGAAGAUGAAGGUGGUUAUGACUUCUAUGACAUUGUAGUCAUUGCAACUCCUUUACAUCAGGAAACUACAAACAUCACCUUCAGUGAUCUGACACCACCAAUCACAGAUUUUCCUGGUCACUACCAACAUAUGAUUGUUUCUAUAGUGCACGGUUACCUCAAUUCCUCAUAUUUUGGAUUCCCGGAUCCCAAACUCUUUCCAUUUGCAGCAAUUGUAACAACAGACAGCCCAAAACUUUUUAUGUUUAGCACAUCCAGUAUUUGUCCAGUGAAUAUCACCAAUAAUUAUAGAAGAAAGCCAACACAAGAGGCUGCUGUAUGGAAGGUCUUCUCCCCAUCCCCCCUCACCAAAGAACAACUGAAGACACUCUUUCGUUCAUACUACUCUGUCCAAGUCACUGAUUGGCUGGCAUAUCCUCUAUACACCUCAGUGAAAGAAAUCCCUCCCAUAAUUCUACAUGACAACCUGUACUAUUUGAAUGGUAUAGAAUGGACAGCGAGUAGCAUGGAAAUGAGUGCCAUUGCUGCCAAAAAUAUAGCUCUGUUAGGGUAUAAUCGGUGGCACCAACAACUGGAUAAGAUUGAUCAGAAAGAUUUGGUACAUAAAAUCAAAACUGAACUGUGAGUGAGCAAGGGCACAAACAACCUAAUGUUGAAUAAACAGACAGAUUGUGUACUGUACUUGAAUUUGAACUUUGAAUGCACCUGUUGCAGCUUCUAUCAUUUUAAUCUGAUUAAAGAAAUAUUAAAUUAAA